UUGAUGAUAAUGAUUCUGCAUCAGUCAUUGAACAUGUCAAGCAGAUGAUUCGAAACUUUGGAUCCGGAUGCGAAUUUGAUGAUAUUAUAUUAGAAUUAUGGGACUUGGUUCCUAAAUCAGCUCCAAAUGAUCUAGAAAAAUUUCAAUUUAAAACUUAUAAUCCGACUCUACGAAGACCUUAUCAAGAUAUUAAUCCAUCAUCUAUUCAACCUUGGACAAGUAGUCGAGUAACAUUAUUAGGAGAUGCUGUUCAUGCUAUGAAUCCUGUAUUUGGAUUGGGAACAAAUAAUGCUUUCCAAGAUGCCGAACUUCUCUCCCAAGCAUUAUUUAAUUAUUCAUCAGAAGAUCCUAUUUCCUGCAUUCAAGAAUAUGAAAAUGAAAUGCGAAAAAGAUCAACCGUCGAUGUGUUAAAAUCUAGAUCUGCGGCAUUGCGAAUGUCCACUCCUGUUGGUCUUCUUAGAACCUUUAUUAGAAAUUGUAGUUUAAAGUUUACAAACUUCAUUUUGAACUUUUUAAGUAUUUUUAUAAAGUAA